GGCCGGGCAGCCUGCGCGCGGGGACCCCGCCCCGAUUGGUGGCCGGCCCAGGUGAGGCGGCCCGCCGCGCCCCCGCGCGCCCCUUCCCCCUCCCGGCGACUUCCUGGUUCGCCGAAGGUGCCGGGGCCGCGGCGGGCGGCGGGCGCGCAGGAACCCGGAGGCCCCGCUCGGGCGGCGGCCGGCGGCGACGGGGGCGGCGGCUGCGCCUCUGCGGCGGCGGCUGCUGUCACAAAACCCAGGAGCCGGGCGCCGCGACAUGGGCCCGCCGCUCUGAGCAGCCUCGCGGCCGGCGGGGGGCGGCGGCGGCGGCGGCGGCGGCGCGACCCUCGCAGCGCGGGGGGGGACAUGUCACCAUGGACUGCCGGACCAAGGAAAAUCCAGAAAGAACCUUUGACUUGGUAUUGAAGGUGAAAUGUCAUGCAUCUGAAAAUGAAGAUCCUGUGAUAUUGUGGAAAUUCCCAGAGGACUUUGGAGACCAGGAAGUCCUACAGAGUGUGCCAAAGUUUUGUUUCCCCUUUGACAUCGAAAGAGUGUCACAAAAUCAAGUUGGACAGCACUUUACGUUUGUACUAACAGACAUUGAAAGUAAACAGAGAUUUGGAUUUUGCAGACUCACAUCAGGAGGCAAAAUCUGCUUAUGCAUUUUAAGUUACCUACCGUGGUUUGAAGUGUAUUACAAGCUUCUAAAUACGUUAGCAGAUUACUUGGCUAAGGAACUGGAGGAUGAUUUGAAUGAAACUCUUAAAUCACUCUAUAAUCACCCGGUACCAAAGUCAAAUACACCUGUCAAUUUGAGUGUGCAUUCCUACUUCAUUGCACCUGACGUAACUGGACUCCCAACAAUACCUGAGAGUAGAAACCUGACAGAAUAUUUUGUCGCUGUGGACGUGAACAAUAUGCUGCAACUGUAUGCCUCUAUGCUACACGAAAGGCGCAUCAUUAUUACCUCCAGUAAAUUAAGCACUUUAACUGCCUGUCUCCACGGAUCCGCUGCCCUGCUCUACCCCAUGUACUGGCAGCACAUUUACAUCCCAGUGCUGCCACCACACCUGCUGGACUAUUGCUGUGCUCCAAUGCCAUACCUGAUUGGAAUACACUGCAGCCUCAUAGAGAGAGUGAAAAAUAAAUCAUUGGAGGAUGUGGUUAUGUUAAACGUUGAUACAAACACCUUAGAAUCACCAUUUAAUGACUUGAACAGUCUACCCAGUGAUGUGGUCUCGGCCCUGAAAAAUAAACUGAAGAAGCAGUCUACAGCUACGGGGGAUGGAGUAGCUAGGGCCUUUCUUAGGGCGCAGGCUGCUUUGUUUGGAUCCUACAGAGAUGCACUGAGAUACAAACCUGGCGAGCCUGUCACUUUCUGUGAGGAGAGUUUUGUAAAGCACCGCUCAAGUGUGAUGAAACAGUUCUUGGAAACUGCGGUUAACCUUCAACUUUUUAAGCAGUUUAUUGAUGGUCGACUGGCAAAGCUAAAUUCAGGAAGGGGUUUUUCUGAUGCGUUUGAAGAAGAGAUCACUUCAGGUGGCUUUUGUGGAGGAGGAAACCCAAGAUCAUAUCAACAAUGGGUGCAUACAGUCAAGAAAGGAGGUGCCCUGUUCAAUUCUGCAAUGACCAAAGCAACUCCUGCCGUACGAACAGCGUAUAAAUAUGCAAAAAAUCAUGCAAAACAGGGGAUAAAGGAAGUGAAGAGUAAGCUAAAACAUAAGGAAAAUGAUGACGAUUAUGGUACCUGUUCUGGUUCUGUACAAUAUACACCAGUUUACACGUUACACAACGAAAAGGGAAGAGACCUAGAAACACAUAAGCUUUCCCAGGCAGUCACAAAGAAACCUAAGAGCCUGGAUGGUGUUCAAUACGAUGAAGAUGAUGAUGACAUGGAAAGAGCAAGCAAGUUAUCUUCUGAAGAUGGUGAAGAAGCUACUACUUAUUUUUAUGAGAGUGAUGACUCCAUUGAAACCAGAGUAAAGACUCCUUACUCGGGUGAAAUGGACUUGUUAGGAGAGAUCCUUGAUACUUUGAGCACACACAGCUCAGAUCAAGGGAAGCUGGCAGUAGCCAAGAGCUUGGAUUUUUUCAGAUCAAUGGAAGAUAUUGAUUAUAAGCCUACGAAUAAAUCCAAUGCCCCGAGUGAGAAUAACCUGGCCCUCCUGUGCGGCGGGUCCGGAGACCCAGGGGAGUGGCUGCUGGGGCAAGACGACAGUGCCCUGCAGGGCCGGCACCUGCCUCCUUCUCCCAGGAAGAGGGUCUCCUCCAGUGGUUUGACGGACUCUUUGUUUAUGCUGAAAGAAGAGAACAGUGAGAAGAGCCUCAGUGCCGACAAUGUGAACAGCCUCACGGGCACGAAGAAGCCCGCCUCCUCUUUGGGAGUGAGCUUCCAGCUCGCCUCGCCUGCAGCCGCCCAGACUGACAAAGGAAAAACAGAACCGAAGGAAACACUAAGCCAGAUUUCAGACGAUCUGCUUAUCCCCGGCCCUGGGCGACGGCCCUCCACUCUCGUUCCUUGGGAGAAAGAAGGGAGCGAAGACAAAGAGACUCCUGGGGACGUCGGGCUGCUCCAUGAAGUAGUGUCCUUAUGUCACAUAACCCCUGCCCUCCAGCAAGACUUACACAUUUCAAAGGAGAACCCACGCGGAAAUCAAACUUAAUCCAGCAAUUAAGAGUCCGUCUCUGGCAUCCUAGCUUCGAUGGAGAUACUUUAGGAUUCUGUGUAAUCUUGACAGUGCACGGAUUAUUUGUAGGAAUGACAGCGCUUACUGUGGUUUUCAAAAUUAUUUUUCAUUUGGGACACACAUUUCCCUGAUUCAGUCAUCUCCUGGGUAUAUCAUAUUCAUUUUUUUUAAAACAUAAAGCUAAUUCUUCAACUGUGCUCUUAAAUCAGGUACUAGAUAAUAUGUAUGUGGAAGUAUAUAUUUAUCAUCUGAUAUCCCAGUAUUUGGUGCUUAAUGCCAUUCAUUUUAUUUAAGUAUGCAUAUACAACCCCUCCAUAUACCUGAUAGCUAUUAUACUAAUCAAGUUGAGCAUGAAAUGAUCAAGAUACCAAAACUUACCAGAACUCGUCUGAAACUGUUGACCCACUAAUUGCCUUAAUCUCACUCCUACAUUAAGUGUACUUAGCUUAUGAAAUGUAUUUACUUAUAAAUUUUGAUAGGUAACUUAUAAGUGUUCUGCAGAGCAAUAAUGCCUUUUUCUAGUCAUUAAAUCAAGAGCAAAAUUCAUUUGUUUUCCAAGCUAAAAAGCUCUCCUGUGGACACUGCACCCAGGUUUCUAAAAAGCAAGGUACUCACUUACCUUCCAUUCAGUGAGAGAUAUGAAGUACUCUAUUGCAAUGUGAAAUGAAUGACUUCUGUUUACAAAUGAGACACAGGAAGCAUUUUUUUUUCUCGUUCUAUGCCUUUGCCAUUGAGAAUAGAAGCCCAUCCCAGAAAGCCAAAUACAACAUAAACUGUCCUGAUGAAAAAAUGUCCCUGUCUUCUUAAACUAAUAAUUUUCCAUUUGAAUACUUAAUAACGUCAUCUUAAAUUUGUAUUAUGAAAUAUUUGAUUUUAGAGUUCUAAAAGUUUAGCUUUACAGAAACAGUAUGAAAUAAAACACAACAUUCCCAAAGGUCCCUGCCCGCAGAUUUCCCUUUUAUUAAUAUAUUGAUCUGGUACAUUCAUCACAGUUAAUGAAUGAACAUUGACCAAUUUAUUUGAAUUUCUUGAGUUUUUCUCUUUCUGCAGUUGUUCUUAGGUUCCAGGAUCCCUUCCAAGACAUGAAUUUGGUUGUCAGGUUUUCUUGGCUGUGACUUGUUUUUCAGACUUCCUCUUCUUCUUCUUCUUCUUUUUUUUUUUUUUUUUUGAUGACAUUGAUAAGUUUUGAAGAUACUGAUUUGCUAUUUCAUUUGAUACUCUCUAUUGCAGUUUGCCUAAUUUUUUUUUUAUGAUCCCACUGGAAUUAUAGGCUUGGGAGAAAAGGGAUACAAAAGUGAAGUGUCGUUUUCAUCACCUCCUGUCAGGGGUAUUAGACAGUCACCAGGAUCGUGAAUGUUGCCCUUGGCCUUUGAGUCUAGCCAGGGCUGAUAUUCCUCAGCUUACUCCACUCUGAUGUUAUUCGUUGCUCCUCUUCCCCAUACUUUGAAGGAAGCCCUUGCAUAUGCCCCACACUGAGGCACAGAGACUGCUUCUCUGAGCAGUGUAGCUACAUAAAUUACUGGGAUUCUUCGUGUAGCCUUGGCUUUUCUCCCUCAUAUUCACUGUGAAACUUUGAAAUUGAUCAGUGAAGCCAUCAUGGGCUCAUUGACUCAUGAUAACCGAGACUGAGAAGAGGGAGAACAUAGUGGUGGUGUGGUUAAUUUGCUGUUAUUCCAUUCCACAGAAAUACUCCAAGCACCCCGAAUCAUGAGUUUUUAAAUUGUCAUUUAAACCAAGAUGUUUGAAAAAUCAUGAACUCCAUCAGGAUUAUAAGAUACUUACUGAAAUAAUUUUCUAUUAUAAAAAAAUCCUACAAAAAGGUUUUAUUUAAAAACACUGUGUGAAACUAUUUUAUCAAUGUUUAAUGAAAAUGAUACAAUGAAAAAUAAUCCUUAGCCACAUUCUAAAACCUGUGAUUUUAUUGCUGCAAUUAUUCUUGCAUAAUAUGAAAAAUAUUUUGCCUUAUAGGUAGUCUUAAUUUUCUUUUUAAAGAUAAACCAUAUACUUUAAAUCUUUAAUUAUUAUGUUUAACAUGAAAGACUGAAGAGUCUUGUCAAAUUUUUUCUGUACAUAAACAUUUAUAAUUUUACUUUUCUUUAUUGAAAUGCUUAGUCAAAGAAUUCCAUACAGCAGAAAACCUGUUUUAAAUAGAAGAAAAAAUGGUUAGUUUGUUGAUUGGCAAAAAUUCCUAUAGAAUGUUUUAAAAGAAUAUAGGCAACCUUUUAAUAUAAUUAUUGGGAGUGCAUAUUUUAACUUUGGAAGAUUUGGGGCUUCAGAUUGCAUAGUGUGAAGAAUAAAAUCUUGACAUCAGCACAGGCAAACAUUUAAUCACCUAACAAUAUGCUUGACUGUAAGACUGUGUUAUUUUUGGAGAGUCAUUCACAGGUAAUACUUGUGUCAGGUAUUUAAAGUGGAUUUGUGCCUUAUUUUAACAUACAAAAUCAACUUUUAUAUUUCAUAUUAAAAAUAAAAACAAUCUCUACAUAUUAUUCUUGGAAAAAUCAAAAAUUUUGCUAGCAAGUAUUGAUAUUUCAAAGCAUUCACAUUGUGAGUAUUCCAGUUCUGUUCUACUGCUAGACUAGUAAUAUCAUGAAUAUAGGGAGGAUGAGUGAAAUUAAGGUGAGUUCUGAAAUAAAAGUCUUAUUUCCCAUUAUAUUCAUAUUUAUCUUAGCAAAUAUUUGCAAGCUCCCCGCUCUAUAUUUCUUUUCCCCAAGAAGCAGCCCCUCUUACACAACAGAAUUGAAUAAGUAAAGAUUUUGGUUUGGGUACAGUGUUUUAAAUAGCCUCUAGACAAGAAUCUUUAUUGAUCCCUCCCUUUUUUCCUUUGCCCUUAAAAAUCAUGGCAUUUAAAGGGGAUAGAAGAGUGUGAAUUUAGGAGCAAUUCUAAGUGAAGUUUUAUUAAAUGGUAGAGUUUGAUGGUUACUUGCAUUAGCAUAUUUUAUAAAUGCACCAAAGCAGAGCAUGGUUAUUUUUUUUCUGGUAAUUAAUUUAGAAAAUAGAUAUUCACUUUUUGUUCCAGUCAUUGGCAGUAAAGUGCAGUACCCAAGGAUGUGGGGGAAGAAAAAUAAAUGUGAGUGUUUUGCUCCAAAGGCAUCAAUAAGAUGGAAAUGGAGUUAAAUAUCUCUGAUUUUAAUAAUAAUGUUAGUAAUGACAAUAAUAAUAUUAGUAACAAUAAAUAAGACCAACAGUAAUAAAUUUUGCUUAGAGGUUAUUUGUUCAAGAUUGACAUACAAUAAAGGUUUUUAAAAGUUACUUAAUCUUAAAAUAUUCUAAAUUUUAUAGCCAGGGGCCAGAGCGAUAGUACAGCAUGUAGGGCAUUUGCCUUGCAUGUGGCCGACCUGGGUUUCAUCCUCAGCAUCCGUAUGGUCCCCUAAGCACGUCCAGGAGUUAUUCCUGAGUACAAAGUCAGGAGUAACCCUGAGCAUCACUGGGUGUUAUCCAAAAAGACAAAAUAAUAGUAAUAAUAAUAAUUUUAUAGCCAUCAUACCAUUUCUAAUUUCAUCAACUUUACUACUAUAAGAAGUCUAAUAAUGCUGCUAUCUAUCUAAGGUACCUACUCUUAAGGAGCAAAUUCAGAGACUCUUAGCAGUGAAGUGGCCUUGAUUCUCCAUCACCUCUGUACAGGACUUUCUGUAGGAAUGAUGCUCUUUGUCAUCCCUUGGGCCUCUUCACUCAGUUUGCAAUUAAGUGAAGGUGUUUGGAUGCAUGUUGCUGGGAUUCCCGUUUUACUGCCUUUCUUGGCACUAUCCUCUAGAGACAGUCCCCACCCUCCUUAGCCCCACCCCACCUCCUCCAUCCUCCUUAUACACACCCUUUACAACCAGCAUGUGGCAGCGCCAUUCUUAGAGUCUGCUUAAUAGUGGGAUCCAUGAAUGCUGGUUAAUUAGUUGUUUCUUAAAUAAGAUGAAGAAGUAGACUCCUGGUCAAAAGGAGAAAGCUGUGAAUAUAGUCGUAAUCAGUAGGCCUUUCUUAUUAUUUCUUUUGUAAAAAUGCUGAGUUUUUCAGAUUAUUUUCACAAAUAAAUUUUCUAAUAUGAAUUGUAUUCUGUUCAGCAUUAAUUACCCUCAUUUAGAGUACAUAUUUGUAAAUCACAAUCUAAAUUUAAGACUAUAAAUAGAAUAUUCAAAUCUUAAGACCUCCAAAGCACUUCUUAGUACAGGAAAUAGUUUCGACAAACUCCAUCACUACUGACGUCCUUCCUAUGUGGAACUUUCACUUCUUAAAGCUUGUUUUAGAGGCAAGAUUAAUUUAAGAAAAUAUUUUGCUUUGGUCAAUAUAGGGAACUAUGUGUGAUUUAAAAAUCAUAUUUUAUUUUGAAAAUAAUAGGAUUUUGUGCAAUAUUUUGUCAGCCAUAAUUUAGUCCAUGUAAUAGUGCACAUCUGCUUCUCAAGCAGAUGCCUUAAGGUCAUUUUUUUCAGUAUUUGUCUCAAACUGUAUGUAGCAAUGUUCAAUGUGAUUCUAGAUUAAAAUAUUGUUUAUUUUAUUUACAGGAGAAAUGUUUUUGUUUAUUUAAAAUUAUUAUGGAUAUUGCAUUAUAGUAUCAUAACUAACUGCCUCAACUAUAAUAAAUAUGCAAUAAGUAAACCUGAACUUUAGUAUUGACAAUAUUGUCACUUUAAAAGAAAUGUAUAUAGUGCAGAAUGCUGAUUCUACAUCUGUAACAUUUAACAAAUACUCACUUUCUGUACCACGUAAAUCUAAGGGGCAUUUGUAUGGUUGUGACCACGUCUAUAGAUUGUAAUAUCCUUUGCGAUGAAUCUUUGCUAGGAUUUAUAAAGGGCAUUGCAAAUACUUUUUGACUGUAAAUUAAGUUAAUUUUUGUAUAAUGUACAGUUUGUUUAACCUUAGAGCUCCUAUAGAUUUUUACCUUUCUUAUACUUGAAUGAGGCAGGAGAGCACUGUGGGGACUCUGUAGCUCAGGAUGCGAUAUGUAGAUAUACCAAAAAAAUAAAUAAAUAAAUCAAGGUACUGAACAACAUUGUUAACUGGAGGCCUUAUGUCCAGGAAGCUGCAUUUUUUUCAAACAAUCAUUAGGUUAAAAAUGUCGUCUUUCAUCCUAAAAGGUUGUAAAGUCAUACAUGAUUAUCUCUUUGAUGUGAUAAACCUCCAAGUUCCUUCUCUUUCAUUUCUCGGAGGAAAGCCAUUAUUGGAUUCAGUAACAAACCUACCCCUUAGUUAUUAGGUGAUGUUUAGAACAGGACAAAUUUGAACAUUGUGCAUGCUAAAUGCACUACUUUAUGUCAAGUCACCAUCCUUCAAAUAACUUUCAUUUCUGUAUGACUAUUUUGAGAGUGAUUUAAUAAUCACACACCAAAAAUAAGAUUUUUUUUAAUCUAUGCUUUAGUACUUAACAGCAAUGCCUAAUACAGUAAACAGGUAUGGGCUGCAUGAACUGGCAACUUAAAAUGCAUAAGGCUUUUUUUUUACAUGAAGGUACAUAAAAGGUUCAAAACUGAACUUUUCUAAAAGCUCAUUUCUUUUGCUUUGAAUGACGAUUUAAAGGAACUGAACAUCUCCAGCUUUUUUGCUAGACAUGGUCACAGAUACCUGCAAGAUCCUACCCAUCAUUGAGAUUUGUUCAUUGUUGCAUCCUUGAGUCUACAGUAUAAAUCAUCUCUCAAGUUGACUACUAUUGGUAACACAUGUGUAUAGAAGUAUUAUCUGGGGAAGAAAAUAUGCAAAAACAAAUUAUUAGGUAAACCACGCAUUACCAUAAAGUGCCCGGCGACGCAGUUAUAAAAUAAAAUUGGUCACAAUGAAAACUCUGCAUGGUGAUGACUCUUCCUUUAGAAUUGGUAUUGCAAGGAAGCCACAGGUGAAAGUCACAUAAGUGGGGGACCGUGGCAUGAGAUGAAGGGGCCAACCCAUCGGACAGAGGGCUGUGGUCAGGGGCAGGAAGAAAGCCUGAUUGAAAAGCGCUUGUUGCUCUAGAACUGUGCUACAGGCCCUGCUGUCUCUCUGAGCUUUGCCAUCACUGCAGAGGAACUGCAGGCCUAGUUUUUCUGACGGGCCUGCUUUAUCCAUCCUUUCAGUGUAGGGAGCCUGUUUUGUCCGGCUCUAC